UCUUUUCUUUGACUGUCACCAGCGCAUUAUAGCAUAUACCACAACACAACAGCACAAUACGAAUACAAUAAUCAAAUCAAUUAGUAAAAAAAAAAAAAACUCUCUCUUUCCUUUCAUUCUCUCUCUUCUAACGCAAAAUCCAAAAGGGGAAACCCAGUUCUUCACAUCGCACAUCCCACGAAGCUUUCUCCCGAUCUGACCCUUUCAUUUUCUCCCACCAAUCUGUACCUCUGUUUUCUCCUUCAUGUCUCAAGAUUUUACAUUUCAUUGGUGAAUGGUUAGUUUUAUAAGGAUCAUUCACUGAAGAAAGCUCGUGACAUUUCCAAGAAAUGGCGUCUAUGGGUGUUGUUUCUACUUCAAAUUUGAGAGAACCAGCUGGCCAUAAUGUUGGUGUUGAUAGGUUACCUGAAGAGAUGAAUGACAUGAAAAUUAGAGAUGACAAGGAAGUGGAAGCAACCGUUGUAGAUGGCAAUGGGACAGAGACAGGCCAUAUAAUUGUGACAACAAUUGGUGGUCGAAAUGGCUACUCAAAGCAGACAAUCAGCUACAUGGCAGAACGUGCUGUUGGGCAUGGAUCAUUUGGAGUCGUGUUUCAAGCAAAGUGCUUAGAGACUGGGGAAACUGUGGCUAUAAAGAAGGUUCUCCAAGACAAAAGGUACAAGAAUCGUGAGCUGCAAACUAUGCGGCUUCUUGACCAUCCAAAUGUUGUUGCAUUAAAGCAUUGUUUCUUCUCAACCACCGAAAAGGAUGAACUGUAUCUCAACCUGGUUCUUGAGUAUGUCCCCGAAACAGUUCAUAGGGUGAUAAAGCACUACAACAAGUUAAAUCAAAGGAUGCCACUGAUCUAUGUAAAACUUUACAUGUACCAGAUCUUUAGAGCAUUGUCAUAUAUCCACCGUUGUAUUGGGGUCUGCCACCGGGAUAUUAAACCUCAAAAUCUUUUGGUGAACCCACAUACUCACCAGGUUAAACUAUGUGAUUUUGGGAGUGCAAAAGUCUUGGUAAAAGGAGAGCCAAAUAUUUCCUACAUCUGUUCAAGAUACUAUAGAGCUCCUGAGCUUAUUUUUGGAGCAACAGAGUAUACUACUGCAAUUGAUAUAUGGUCUGCAGGUUGUGUUCUUGCUGAGCUAUUGCUUGGUCAGCCUCUUUUUCCUGGAGAGAGUGGAGUUGACCAGCUUGUUGAGAUCAUUAAGGUUUUGGGCACUCCUACCAGGGAAGAAAUUAAAUGCAUGAAUCCCAACUAUACAGAGUAUAAAUUCCCUCAAAUUAAAGCCCACCCAUGGCACAAGAUAUUUCACAAACGUAUGCCACCUGAAGCUGUUGAUCUUGUGUCUAGACUACUGCAAUACUCUCCUAACCUAAGAUGCACAGCGUUGGAUGCCUUGACUCAUCAAUUUUUUGAUGAGCUUCGUGAUCCAAAUACCCGAUUGCCUAAUGGACGCAUCCUUCCGCCACUAUUCAACUUUAAAGCUCAUGAAUUGAAGGGUGUGCCUGUUGAGAUAUUGGUGAAAUUGAUACCAGAACAUGCAAGAAAACAGUGUCCAUUUCUUGGGUUAUGAGUUUGAUUAGAAACAUAACCGUUUGACCGGUGGUGAUUUCUUGACAAAGAAAGCUACGGGUGUCCCAGUCUGUGCUAUUCCUUCUGUUUGCUAUGAGUAUAUCUCUGUAUUACCUGCUACCUUGUUUUGAAAGAGCAGAUCUAGAUAUGUUCUUAAUGAAUGGGUAACAACUCUAUCUAAUGUUCCAUGUGUAUUGAAUUCGGGUUCAAGUGUUUUAAUUUGUAUUAGGAUUUGGAUGUAGUUAAGGUGAAGUUGGCAGCGGAUUUCUUGGUCCGGCUGCCCUCGACGGAACUGGCUUACCUGGCUACACAGUCUAGUUAUUGGAAAAACAUGUGUGUGCCAAGUAUGUAUCAACCUUUUAUCUCCAUGUGCAGAUGAUGAUGUAUCUACUUCCACUUGUACACUUUUAUGAACACGGACUUUCAUCA